CAGCUCUGCCUUGUUAACCUCACUCCGUCUCGCCUCUUUCCAACGACCACGGACAUCCCCACCACAAGCGAUACCCCAAACGAUUCCACCAUUGUUUUGCGAUAUCCUGUUAUCCUUUAACAACCAAAGCUACACAUCAACUUGGACAUCUCGAAUUGGGGAAUCAUAGGUCUUACAAAAUGCCUGGCUUCGACUUCUCGAACUACAACCGCAAUGCGGCUCUCCAUGCUCGGGGCGUGCCUCUCCCCAAGGCCACCAGCACCGGAACAACUAUCGUGGGAUGCAUAUUCGAUGGCGGUGUUGUGAUUGCUGCCGAUACUCGAGCCACAUCCGGUCCCAUCGUCGCCGACAAGAACUGUGAGAAGCUUCACUACAUUUCCCCUCAGAUUUGGUGCGCUGGUGCCGGUACAGCUGCCGAUACCGAGUUCACCACCGCCCUCAUCUCCUCCCAGCUCGAACUGCACUCCCUAUCCACAGGCCGCAAGCCCCGCGUCGUCACCUGCAUGACCCUUCUGAAGCAGCACCUCUUCCGCUACCAGGGCCACAUCGGUGCCUACCUCGUCGUUGCUGGUGUCGACCCUACCGGCACUCACCUCUUCACCGUCCAUGCUCACGGCAGCACUGAUAAGCUCCCUUAUGUCACUAUGGGAAGUGGUAGCUUGGCAGCCAUGAGUGUAUUCGAGACACAGUGGAAGCCUGAUCUCAGCCAGGAGGAGGCCAUCAAGUUGGCCAGCGAUGCCAUCUUGGCUGGUGUGUGGAACGAUUUGGGCUCUGGUUCAAACGUCGACGUGGCUAUUAUCACCAGCGACAAGACAACGCUCAAGAGAAACUACAUUACACCUAACCAGAAGGAGCCUAAGCUCCAGAGUUACCGAUUCCCUAAGGGCACAACAGCGGUACUGAACGAAAAGAUCAUUAAGAAGGAAGAAAUCAAGAGGUACAUUACUGUGGAAGACGUGCCUGUUGAGGAGAAGAUGGAUGUUGACACUUAGGGUACAACACGUCAAACCGCUAGCCUAGCUUUGCAAGCUAUGGGGGUUGAAGAGCACGAAUUUUGAACCAUGGAAUCCUAUGGAGGAUAACCGAAUCUGCCUCAAUCGAUCGGCAGAGUUGUGGCUGUUGA